GCCGUUACACAACUGCAUACAUAUGAUUCACUGGAGGACAGCUUGCCUACCACUGCUUGGUUGCUGAGGCCAGGGUAUAAAACGAACACCCACCAUCUGCUCUGUCGUCGACGCCGCAUCAGCCGCAUCAGGCUGGCGGAAAUACUCAGGCUGUCAGGGAUCACUCUAGGGCGGUAGAGCUUGCAACAUCCAAACUGGCUUGCGCUCGACCAUGGACGUCUUCGGAGUGACUUAUUUGAUUGAAAAUGCUCAGCAGUUCUGGUCGGAGCUGGAGGAUAUUCUGCGGAUACCCCCCGAUGUGACGCUGAGCCAGCUGGAUGCGACCUUGAGGCGGUUCAUUCAGCUAGCGGCAGCGUACCAUGAGCAAUACUUGCAAAGUCCCCUGCAGAUGGAACAUGCAUGUGGGCUUCUGCUGGACUCGGAGUUGUUCAAGUUCCACUCGGAGCGGAUGUGCGAAUUGUGUCUGGAGGACGCCCAACACGACACGAAUCCGCAUUGUCAGUUCAUCCUGUACAAUGUCCUGCUAAUGUACGGGCGCCGAAACACUACUUUCCUCCGCUCGCACAAGCGGUGGCAGCCGCUCAUACCCUUCUUCAUGGAUCAUAUCCUCUAUGAUGUCGAUCCGGAGCUGGAAGAUACCUACUCGGGGAACACCGCGCCCUCGGGGUCCCGCGGCCUCGUUAUACCCAUUGAAGUGAAGCUGCGGUCGAUGUCGGUGCGGCUGUUGUACGAGGUGUGCAGGGUGCAGAAGUUGUCUGUUCAUGAUUUACGUAUAUUUGAUGAUAAUUUCAUUGACCGGCUGUUUGACCUCGUCGAGGAGACGAGGAAUCUGCAGGAUGAAACCUUUAAUUACUCAGUGAUCAAACUGAUUGUAGCCCUCAAUGAACAGUUCAUGGUGGCCUCGUUGAGUCCUUCUGACAAAGCUGCGGUGCAGCAUGGCGAUGGCCCGAAACCCGAAGUUCAAAAUCGCGUGUUACGAGUUCUCAUGAGACGAUUAGGCUCGAGCAUGACGUUCGGCGAGAAUCUGAUCUUCAUGCUCAAUCGCGCAGGGCGGACACCCGAGGAUCGGUGCAUGCAGCUGCUCGUGCUCAAAAUCCUAUACCUCCUCUUCACCACCAAGGGUACUUCCGAGUACUUCUACACCAACGACCUGUGCGUACUAGUCGACGUCUUCCUGCGGGAGCUGGUGGACUUGGACGAAGAUGGCGAGAACGAAUCGCUCCGACAUACCUUUUUGCGCGUACUGCACCCGCUCUUGACGAAGACGCAGCUCAAGAAUGUGCCGUACAAGCGCCCACAGAUCGUGCGCACGCUCGAGUCGCUCAUCGAGAACGCGGAUAUCCGCGACGUCAACCCGACGACGAAGCGUCUAGUCGAGCGGUGUCUGAGCGGGGAGUGGUGCGUGCAGUUCCGCAAGAACAGCGGGGAGGGGAAGGCGAAGUUGAGGUUGGGAUACCUGAAUGUCGGGGUGGACUACCGCGUGGCGAGUCCGAGCAACGAUAACGUAGCCGCUGCGACGACCUCUUCCCAGAGCGCCACGAUUCAGAACGGGCUCCUCGCGCCUCAAGCGGAGAAGGAGCGGACGAAGGGCAAGAUGCUCAAGUCGAGCAGGAGCGUGGAUAAUAUGAAGGCGGCGGGAGCACCCCUACCUUCGUCAAGGACACAGGACUUGAGGAGGAAGCCGACGAACGAGAGCUCGUCGAGCCUGCCGCUCGUCGCAGCGGCGCGCCCCUCGCAAACCGCGCCGAAACGGCGGGACACCACCGCAUCGCUAGAUAACAGUGGAACCUCGUCGCCGGCAGAGUGGCCGGGGCGUGAGUACCCGUACGCGCAACCGCACCGCUCGGACUCGCUGGGCGCCGUCGACGGGAUCGUGAGCCCCACGCAUUCCGGCUCCUUCACCACGCUGACGGACGUGGCCGCGGCGCUCCCGCCGGCCGCUGCGAGAGUGAAGAGCGCGAAGGGCGUGAGCCAUAGGAGCGCCCCGCCGACGCCGCCCCCGAGGAGAAGGAAGCCCCCCGCUGUGCCGGUGGGGAAGACGAAUGGGGGGGCGACGAUCACGGCGAUUGCGAGUUCCGCGUCGCAGCCUGCGAUGCCGCAUUCACAUAGGGCGGUGAGUUAG